AUGGAUUUCUCCCGCCGACGUAACAAGUCGAAGAUGGAGGGGCCAUCCUCAACCCUCAUCGAUGUCUCGGCGCGAGAUGUCAACAUCACAGUAUUUUGUGACAGCGGUGAGAAGACCGACCGGAUAAAAGAAGCUUUCGAGGCAUUCCAAGACGUCGGGGAGACGAUGUGGAUGAGUUUGGAGGAAAUUAAAGAAUUCUCUCGACCUGCAAACUAUGUCUGUGAUCCCUUCGAAGGAGAGCUUUUCGAACACCUGCGGAGCCGUCAACUGCCAGUGUACGGUCCCCUGGUCAUACUCCGCUGCCUCCGUGACAAAAGACCCUUACCAUUAGCGCCGCGACCUGUGUUCUCUCAGGCGAUGAAAGACGUUGUUGUGACGUUCUCUUCGGUGGCACCAGAGGGGAGACUGAGGCUCGCGCAGAGGGUCGAGUUCAUGGGUGGUCGAGUCGAAGCUCCUCUGAACAACACGGUGACCCACGUUGUCUGCGAUGAGGUGGGCUCGAAGAAAUAUAUAGUUGGCUCCUUGAGAGGACUCGCUCUCCAAACAACAGCUUGGAUCGAUGCUGUUUGGGAUAGAGUUCAACACGAACUGAAACAUGCGAUCUCCGUUGCGGAUGAAUACAAGACACAGAUCUUCGCCAACUUAGCCAUCACAUCGUCGGGACUCGACGAGGUCGAAAAGGAGAGAAUGAAGACGCUGGUGUCCCAGAAUGGCGGAACGUACACUGGGAAACUCACGAAGGCGAACACGCAUCUCAUCAUCAAAGAACCGACCGGAGCGAAGUACCGAGCUGCGGUGUCGUGGCAAUUGCACGUUGUGACUCCGGAUUGGGUGAAUGAUUCGUUGGAGAAAGGGUUCAUGAUCGAUCCGACUCAGUACUUAUUAUCAGAUUCCGGAGCGGCGUCUUCCAGCACUCCAAUGAAUUGCAGUAUUUCGUCUGUUGCUUCAACCGUUGCGGGCUCGAGGUCGGUUCUAUCCGAAAGAACGAAUCACGUGGACCCCAUGUAUAGCGAGGUUCUCAAGCUCACAAAAGAAGAUAUGGCGUCAGCGGCACAAUUCCUCGACGGUUGUGCUGUCCAUGUGUAUGGCAUCAGGGAGAAGGUUUUCCUCGAGCGUCUCGAACAAAUCAUCAACCAAGCCGGGGGACAUCGGGAGGACACAUUCAACGAUGGCGUGACACAUGUGAUCACUUUACCAUCCGCUUCCGGUUUGCUCGAGCUACAGAAGACGAUCGAGAACUCGUUCGCAAGCCCGGCCGUCGUCCUGCCGAGUUGGCUGGCCGCCUGCGUCCGCCGGAAAACGCUCGUCCCCGCGGGACAAUACGCCUGUCCGGGCUUCGACCCCCCACCCGAAGAGGAGCUCACUUGUGUCACCAGUUUCGCCAGCGUCGGAUCCGUGAAAGAACAGAAGGGAUGCUUGAUUGAUAAGAAUUUCUGCCUCACGGAAGAGCUUCGAAAAAUGUACCUGAAUGUCGUCCACGAUCUACCCGCUCUGCGGGAAGGCAUUGAAGCCCUCGGUGGUCGUCUGGUCGACUCCGCCGACGAGCAGGGAACCACCUUCGCGGUCUAUCCAUUGAUGGUCUCCGGGAGCGAAGUGAAGCCAAACGCGAUCACGUUACUGCACCUGGAGACUGUUGUAAAUCAGAAACGAUGGAUCUCUCCGAGCGAAAGUUUAUUCUACUCCGUCGUCUACGCACCUAAAGCUGACCUCCCGAACGCUUUCCUCAAAGACGUAGUUGUGACUCCCACUGGCUUCACGGAACACGAGGUGGCCAGCAUGACCAAGGUGCUUUCCUUGUUCAGUGGGACGCUCCAGGCAUCGAUGGUCAAGACGAGUAAGCCAGAGAAAAAAUUGACGGGAACAACCCAUCUUAUCUGUGCGACUGAGAAUCCCAAUAGCAAACUUGAAGCGGCAAAAAAAUGGAAAGUCCCCGCUGUUUCGCUGACUUGGCUCAUAGCCUGCGCUCGCGAAGGUCGGAAGGUCAGCGUUAAAGAGCACCUGAUCGAGAAGAAACAGUGGGACACUCUGCCCGAAGACAAAAGGCGGGCGUCACCGAAGAAAUCCGCUUGUGACACCCCUCUUGACCAUAGGAAGAAACCUAUAGAACUGGGAACGUCCCAGAUAACGUCCGAGAUCCAGGAGAAACCCCAGUCCGCCACCCCGAACAGCGCGCGGCUGUCCAUGGGCGCCGCACAAACGCCAGUGCUCUCGUCACAGCGGAUGAGGGAGAUCUACGAAGAGGCAUCGAGGUUCAAGACCCCGAAAACAUCAGCGGUCUCGGAUGUCGACUCGCCAGGCGUGCCUCGCAUAGGAUCCGAACGAAUUCAGGAGAUGAUCCGCAAUAUCCAAGAGUCCCCGCAUCCGUAUGAGGUUCCCGAAGCUUCGUUUGACGAAAAAAAUUCCCAAGCCGUCAGCGCGAAAACAGCGCUCGCCAAAGGGCGACCCUUGGACGGCGUUGUGGUUCUUCUGGACGAAGAGAGUGUUGGGCCGUUGUCGUUCGAAUUGAAGAUGUCGAUCGAGAGGCUCGGCGGCUGGGUUUGUCACACCAUAGAGAGAUGCUCCGUCGUCGUCAGCGGGGGCAGAACGAGCGACAACUCGCGAGCCAUGACGAUACGGGCGCAGCGGCUCGAGAAACCCAUUGUGGGCGUAGAAUGGAUUUACGCGGCAAUCGAUACGAUGGAGCUCCCGAAAUACGAGGACUUCCCCACCGAUUACGAGGCACAAAAGGGAAAAUACAUAAGGUCGAAAUCGUUUAAAGAUUACGAGGAGCGGCUGAACGACUCGGAUCUGGAUAAUUCCAAAACCAAAAUCGCAGCAGAGAGAGCGACCCCGACUCCGCCGAAGGACGAUACUGGCAUGACCGUGUCGGAGGAACCCUCUAUGACUCCACUGAUGCGGUCCUCGACAUUGCGACGACACUCUUCCGCUUCAAACGCAAGUACACCGACGAUCCCGGCCACACCACUGGCGAGUGCCAGUAAUAAGGUCGCCAAAGACCCACUACAGGAUCUCAUCUCUUCCGCUCGGCGUACAUCGGUCAGCGUGAGCCACAAUAGAGUUUCGAAAGUCAUCGAAGAAGAACCGAGGUCUUUACUGAGGAAGUCACAGAUGGGACUCCUCAAUCAAGAUUCGUCCGGGAGCGUUCUGGCAGACAUAGAAACGCAACCUGAAGACGGGAUUACCUACGGAGGGAAGAUGGGCAUCCCGACAUCUACGCAGCUCCUCAACACGACAAGCGACGAACCAGUGGACCCGAAUUUCGGAGAUCUAUCGAUCGUCAAACAACGCGGUGACUACCUCGAUUCCCCCGAAAGGACUCCCAAACGCUCUUGGGAAGAAGGUGAUGCAGGGAAUGCAGGCAAACGUUUCAAGAAGAAUGCUGUAUCGCCGAAGAAGCCUACUGGCAGAUCGAUCUCUGGCGAGAAAAUCUUCGUUUUGUACCACUUGGACGAUGAAACGACGACGAGACUCCGGGAAAUUAUUGUCUCAUUGGGCGGAUCUGUCAUCGAAGAUCUCUCCUCUGACACCUUCUCGGAGAACUCAUCUCAUAAAGACCCUUUGAUGAUAAUCGAUCCCGAAAACAGUAGAGUUUUCAAGAAGAAGUCGGUGCUUCAACAAUUGGCUUCGGGCGGUUGGAUAUUGGAGCCGCGAUUUUUGGAAGAUAGCGAGGUUGAAGGACAUUUUCUCAAAGAAGAUGACUACGUUGUGGGAGUCGGUUCGAAGAGCAGCAAACUCAACGAUGGUCGUUUCGCGUGCUGGCUAAGAUGGAGAAAACUCCGCUUGGAGCGAGGCACCGGCGCGUUCGAUGGUUGGAAGGUGGUUUUGUUCAGCGCUUCCGCCGAACGCGAGAAAGGACAUCGGACUCUACUCACGGCUGGCGGUGCGACGGUUCUCACAGAAGACAAACUGGCUGACGCAACGCACGUGUUCCUCGCCAAGGGAGACUCGGCGACCGCUCAUCGAGUGCGCACAAAGGUUUCCGCUGACGCUAAGGUCUUGGCGAACGAGUACAUGCUGCACUACCUGUCUAAUGCUGAGGUGAACCCCGAACAAUUCUCAAUCCGAUGAGAUCGCGAGAGGCCAGAUGCAGAUUGCCGGAUACUCUUGUACAUAAAAUGAACAAUGACUUCGUCUGGAGCAUGAUAGUGAUUGUAGAUUCAGAUCAGCGAAUAUGGAUCAAAGAAAACAGAUGACUUCUCUA